UUGCAGUUUUGUUCCCGCCCACUUGCACUUUCCUCUGUUUGGGAAUAUAUGCAAGCUGUAGUGUCAAGGGAGACCCAAAGUAUCUGUGCUUGUCAUCGCCAUCGCCAUGGGAAUACGGCUGCCGUGUGUCUAUCUGUUUGUUUUAUUCAUUUUGAACGAGACGUCUGGCUUUAAGAUUCAGAACAAGCUGCUGGGUAAAUGUUUGCAGGUGCAGGAAGGAACCUUGGGAAUUAGAGUGUCUCUGGGUGAUUGCAGCACAUAUUCGGCCUUACAGGAAUGGCGUUGGCUCCCAGAGAGCCAGGCUCUCAGAAGUCACCAUACUGGGGAGUGUCUGACUGCACCGGCAGAGCAGUAUGCAGGCGUCCACCUGCAGCCUUGCAUCUUUCAGGCUGAAGGUGACACGACUGGUGCUGAAGUGGCAAGCAGUCAGGCGUGGUCCUGUUCCAAGAAAGGCCACCUCACAUUAAUAGGGAGGGGGCUGCACCUUAGCGCCAGACAAGAGUCCACUUUGGUUUUCCUUUCAAGGGAGCAUAAGCAGCAGGGCAGCAGGUGGCGGACACUUGACAACCAGACAUUGUGUGAUGGGAGAGGCAGCAAACAUAACCAACACCAACCUCCCCAUUAUCUGUGGAAAUCGUUGGAACCUGGGAAUUUUCCAAGUGCCACCUCUGAUGUACUCAGACAUGCUGAACCAUUUGAAGAUAUAAUUGCCAAUGAGGUCACAGAAACAUAUCCUGUAAUAGAUGAGCCUCUUUUGUCCCUGAGCACCAAAUCCCCUGCCGAUCCCACCAUGAUUUUCUUAAGUAUGGACUAUGGGAUGGGCUGGAAGAUCACCAUGCUGGUAUUAAGCUCUUUGGCUCUGGUCCUGGGGACUUUGAUUCUUAUCCUCAAUGUUUACUCCAAUAAAAGGAAGAAGGUGGUGUGUGUUUUGAAGUCAUACACUCCGAGGCCAGAGGUGAGUAUUCCCGGGUCCCCGGUGCCCAGUGAAAGAGCCCCGCUGACAGAGCAUGCCAUGCGCCUGCCACACUCCACCCCUACUUUACAACGAGGAGAAAUCUUGAUUGAGUGGAAGGAUGGCACUGUUACUCCACUUUAUGAGGCCUGAAGAUUGUACUGUUUAUGUAGAUUUGGACAUGGGUGUGUUUGUGCAUGCACACAUGGUUUCUUGUGCAAGGUUAUGCAUGUAGUCUUCUGAAUGUGUCUGAAGGAAGGGGAAUGAUAAAAACAAACGGUGAAGUACGUUUUCUGUUGUUUCAGACUGUUUUCAUCAAAAUACUAGACUAUUUCAUAAAAUGGAAAGUUCAUGGAUCAAUUUCAGAUAGUUUCUGGGAGGCUUAGCUGCCACAGGAAGAUAAAAGCUGUUGUGAAGCUUCCAGAAUAGAAAAGGCUUAGUAUGAGCUGCACUAUACUAUGAAAAUACUGAGUCCUGACCUCUGGCGCUGGAGCUUUGAGGGAUUGCUUGUUGGCUGAAAAGACUGUAAAAUUUAUGUUUAAGCAUUCAGACAGUGUUCAUAAACCUAUUAUGAGUACCAUUUAAGAGCUUAACAAAGCAACCUUUAGCUUAGGCCUUUAGUUGGAUAAAUACUUGGAAACUAAACUUUGUUUGCCUUGGCUUAAAUAGAAACUUGUUCUUCCUUGAUGUCAUACACUAAAUUUUUUUCUAAAUUUUUGACACAGUCUGUCAAUUAACAUUUUGCACCAGACACUCACACCCUUAAUAUUAGGAGUAACUGCUUUUUUAGGGAAAUAUAAUUACUUUUGUGUUACAGAUUUUUUGAAACACUUCUUAAUGAAAAAAAAAUUCAGAACAUAAUUCUGUAUUAUUUAGGUUAGGUCCCAUAUCAUAACUUUAUAGACUAGUUUAGAUGUUUCAGAAGAUGAUCUUGACCUUGUUUACAUAGGAAAUGUUAAUAGUCUGGCAGAGUAUAAGCAGUACUGUUUAUUUUGAAAUGCACUUGCAUUUGAUACUGACAUUAAAUAAACUUUGAUUUAUUCAAAUUAGUUGGUAGAGUGUGCUUUUAACUUUGACUUGAGCUUAACAGCUCAGAAUAGACCUUGGAAACAGCAGUUCACAAACCACUCAAGGGCCAUUUACUUCUCCUCAGGCUAAGGCAGCUGUCCCAAAUUGUACUUUCAACGGUCUCAGACUUAACAACCAUUCUCCCAAAUUGAAGUUCUCUUUUUUUUCAUUCUACAUAAUAAAUGUAGAUUAAUAAUUCUAACAAUAAUUCUAUUAUUUUGAGCACUUUUGGGACUUCUUAUAGGUAGGUAGGUUAUAGAGUGAAACUGAGUUUUGAAACUCCCUUCUUCUACAUAGAAGACAAUAUACAUUCAUAAAGAAUCAAUUAUAAAAAUGGUAAACAUAAAUAAACUAUAAUUAAUGGAGUGGUGCUGAGGAUGAAUUAGACUUUAAGAGUCUGAUAACUUGGGAGAAAGCAGAAACUACGGGAGAUCGGUACCAAUGAUCUGAGCAGUUUUAAUCACCCACUGCAGAGCCCUUCGGUCCUGGGCCAUGCACAUCCUAUGCUAGUUUUAUCUUAGUUUGUUUCCAGUCAAGAUGCUUUCUAUUGCUCCUCUGUAAAAGUGGACAAGAACUUGGCAUGGAAAUUUGGUCUUCUUAAGGUUCCUCAAGAAAUAUAGUUGUUUCUGAGCGUUCUUCACCAGUGUGGAGAUGUGAGAUGACCAUGUCAGGUUCUCCGUGAUGCUGAUUCCCAGGAACCUGAAACCUGUUCACCUGCUCCACCUCAGCUUUAGUUUUGCUGACGCUGAGCAGUAGGUUGGACUCUCUACAAGAUUAUGAAUUUCCUCCCGAUAUGAAGUCUCAUCGUUGUUUGAAAUCUGGCUGAUGAUGGUGGUGUCAUCCAUAAACUUCACAACAGAGAUCUCUCCAUGUCGGGGGAUGCAGUCAUGAGUUUACAGCAUGAACAUUAUUAUCCUUUCCUUUAGUUUUCACUGUGAAGAUCAUCUGAUAGGGUUGAAAGCUUCAGAACCAGCUCCAGUGGAGAUUGAAAACAAUCAUUGACUUUUUUUGCAUUUGUAUGUGGCAACCUGGAAGACCACCAAUUUGUAUUUAUAUAUAUAUAUAUAUAUAUAUAUAUUAGUUUUUAUGACUACAUACUAACAUUAUGUAAAUCUUAUGUUAUUCAGUAUUGAGCAACCCCUUUCCCAUAAUUAUAAUAAGUAAGUAUUAUAAGUAUAAGUAUUAUCCUGAGUGAGCUUGAAUAGGAUUAAUUGCUGAAAGGCAACAUUUAUAGUAAUUACUUCAGACAUUGUAUAGAGAAGGAGUAAUCCCCGAUAUGUUGAUACAAGUUGAUGAGUGUUUCAGAGAUCGUGGUAUUUCUCUGUGGCACGGAAACUUCCCAGUAGGAGGAGUCUGUUUACAACAGAAAAUCAAAGGCUGUUUUACUGGUUUUUGGGAGAGCCCAGGUGUUUUUGAGCAGGUUAAUAUGAUCUCUCCGUCAUUUUUGAGCAGAUCUGUGUUUGAACACUGCUAGAAAUAAAGAAUGUAAAACUUG